AUGCAGUUCUCCAAGAUCGCUCUUCUCGGCCUUGCCUACACCACCGGUGCUCUCGCCUCUUCUUGCCGCAUUUACGGCUGGCUCCAGGGCGAAGCUGUCCUCGAUAACUGCUGCUGGGGUAAGGGCCAGAAGGCUUGCACCAACCAGAACAAGGGCGGAACUCCCCGCGGUACCAGCGAGGCCUACUGCGCUGAGCAGAGCCCUAACUUUUGCGAGAAUGUCAUGCUUAACGGCAAGCCAGUCUCUGCGACAUGCGAUGCCGACUGCUGCUCCACUACCACUGGCUGGGGCAUUGGUUGCCCUAAGUAG